AUGACAUCACACUCAUUGGCUGAAGAUUGCCAGCGGCUCCUGAAUCUCAAGAAGGAUACUGCAAUGAUCCAGAAGUCAGGAAACAAGUCCAGUGUUUGCGCCAUCAGGAAUCCUACGAAAGUAAAGACGUCUGGUCAGCAACAGCAACAGAAACCGUCAGAUGUACCGAACACUCCUUGCUGGAGUGGUGGAGAAAUGCAUUAUUCCAAGAAUUUCAAUUACAUCCAACAUCAGUGCAAGUCAUGCAGGAAAGUAGGGCACAAGGAAGAAUACUGUUCCUGUUUCCAGUCAAAGCCGAAGAAGAAUCGUGGUUUUCAGAAUCAGUCAGCGAAGGCACAAGGAAUCCAUUCCGUCAAUCAGGUGAGUGUUACGGCCAACCGGAAGUUCACCACAGUCGAACUCAAUGGACACGCCGUCAGAAUACAGCUGGAUAGCGCAGCGGACAUCAGUGUGAUUUCACAAGCAGUCUACAAGCAAAUGGGUAGUCCAGCCGGAAAACAACCAUCAAUCAACGUUGUGAAUGCUUCUGGCGAUGACAUGGGUCUCUUUCUGGAGUUGUCGUGCUCAAUCCCCUUGAAUGAAGUGUCCAAGCAAGGAAGAUGUUUCGUGUCCAAGGCAGAUGAUCUCAAUUUGUUUGGAGCUGAAUGGAUUGAACUGUUCGGACUUUGGGAUGUACCUUUCAACGCAGUGUGCAACCAAGUAUUGAUGAAGCAUCAUCCGGAAGCUGAGGGCCUGGUCGAUCUUUUGAUAGCCAUGUACAGCAACGUUUUCGAUGGGAGCAGUAAAUUAUUACGGCAAGUUUGUACGAGCUAUACACGAUCUUCGUCAACCAAUGGAUGCUUUGCUGAGAAAGGACGGAACUGGAGUCCAGCUUGUCAGAACGCUUUCAAAGAGUUUUAG